AUUAAAUUUAAAAAUUUGAGUAAAUUAAUUUUUUUUCUAAAAUGAGUGUUUGGAAAAUUUUUGUUAUUACAUAUUUUUUUAUUCAAGAAUCGACAUGUUCCGGUGAAUAUCAAGUCAGUUUAACAUUUGGAGAUCUCUUACCGGAAGAUCCAAAAUCCUACGAUAAAAUGAGACCUCCUAAAAAAGUAGGUCAACCAACAAUUGUUUAUUUUCAUGUUACUGUCAUGGGCUUAGAUUCAAUAGAUGAAACGUCUAUGACGUAUGCUGCUGACAUAUUUUUCGCACAAACUUGGAAAGAUUAUAGAUUACGUCUUCCUGAAAAUAUGACAUCAGAAUAUAGGUUAUUAGAAGUUGAUUGGUUAAAAAAUAUGUGGAGACCAGAUUCAUAUUUUAAAAAUGCUAAAUCGGUUACAUUUCAAACUAUGACUAUACCAAAUCAUUAUUUAUGGUUAUAUAAAGAUAAGACAAUUUUAUAUAUGGUUAAGCUAACUUUAAAAUUAUCAUGCGCCAUGAAUUUUAUAAUUUAUCCUCAUGAUACCCAAGAAUGUAAAUUGCAAAUGGAAAGUUUAUCUCAUACAACAGAUGAUUUAAUUUUUCAAUGGGAUCCUGAUGUUCCUUUAGUGGUUGAUGAAAAUAUUGAACUUCCUCAAUUACAGUUAGUGAAAAAUUAUACAGCUGACUGUACACAAGUUUAUUCAACAGGUAAUUUUACAUGCCUAGAAGUCAUAUUCGUUUUGAAAAGACGUUUGGGUUAUUAUUUAUUUCAUACGUAUAUACCUACCUGUCUCAUUGUUAUAAUGUCGUGGGUGUCUUUUUGGAUUAAACCAGAAGCGGCUCCAGCCAGAGUUACUCUAGGAGUGACUUCUCUCUUAACACUCUCAACACAACAUGCGAAAUCACAAGCAUCACUUCCACCUGUUUCCUAUUUGAAAGCUGUGGAUGCAUUUAUGUCUGUUUGUACAAUAUUCGUCUUUAUGGCACUAAUGGAAUAUUGUUUAGUUAAUAUUGUUUUGGGUGAUAAUGAUAGUCCGGCAAAUAAAGAAAAAGAUAGAAAAUCUGCGUUGGCAGCAGCCGCAGCCGCUGCAGCGGCACCAGCGAGGCCGACGACUUUAUCAGCUUUAGAUGGAGAUGGUCCAAGAGCACCAACAGAUCCAAAAAUUUUUGAACUUGCUUCAAAGGAAAAUUCCUUGUUAUUGUUAAAUCGUCAACCAAAAAUCAAGCCAAAAUUAAGCAGAGCUGAUCGAAAUCGUAACAGAGCCAUUAAUAUUGAUAGGUUUUCUCGAGUAUUUUUUCCGUUUUUAUUCGCUGUUUUAAAUGGUACUUAUUGGGUUAUGUUUGCAGAAUACAUAUAA